AUGUCUCGGCCUACGCACCGUUCUCAAAGUCCGCUCGCUUCGCCGGCUGAGAUUCUCGCCCCGGCGACACCUACCAAGAGAGCAACUUUGUCUCCGUCCCCCGACUUGAGUGCCGCCAUCAACCGGUCCUCCCAGUCGGACAAGAAGUUCCUUUCCCCGCCACCUCUUUCAUCCUCCGACAUGACACCUCCCCCUUCUGCUCAAAUUCCGGGUGCGCCUCUCCGCCGAUCCCAUUCUCGGUCUCUCAGCCCCUCUCUCAUCACUCCCGUGGACUUGGGCAAGUCUCUUUGCGAUGCUUACGGCGCAUCGGAGAACCUUCCCACAGCUGAGGACAUUGACAAAGCCAACGAGACACAACUGCGCAUCAUUGCCAAGGAUCUCCUCGCUGUGGCCCAAGAGUCCCGCAUGUCCGCGCUCCACUUCAAACUUCAGAAUAGCCUGGUCUCGUUCGCCAGCAAUGAAGCCGUCAAGCGCGCCGAGGUUGAACACCAGCUCGCUAAGCGCGAGGUCGAGAUUCUUCAGAGCGCAGAGUACCGCAGCCGCUCGCGGCCUGCUGAGCCUAUCACACCAAAGCAGUCUUUCUCUGCUGCUGACUACACGACCGCCGUGCAGCGGUCGCAAGAUUUGGAGAAUGUGAACGCCGUCUUGGAUCGACGACUGCGGAAUGCCAAGCGCGCGAUCGAUGAUGCCGCUGCACAGACUGCGGAACUCACCGAUCAGAACAACAUGUUAAAGAAGCGAAUCGAGGAAAACCGUCGACACUUCUCCCAAAUCUAUAGCUACGGCUGCUUGUCGCCUGGCAUGCAGAACGAGCUGCACACUAUUUGCCGUGGCGAACACACCGACGGACUUGCUGCCCUCCUUUUCGCAGACAAGUUCACGAAUAACAUCCCUGAGCCUCAGGGUACAUAUGGUCCUCCCUCUUCAGUUCCUGUCACUCCAAGCCACCCUCGCUCUGCUCGUCAGGAGCGUUCGUUCAUGACACCUGCUCAAAACAAUCAGUACGAUAGUGAUAGCACUGUCUCUCUGUCGGGCGAAGAGGCAGAUGAGGAAAUGCGACACCCUCAGAUGCGGACAACCGCCCCCAGAACGAGCACUUUGCUUCAGACGAAGCUAUUUGGUCAAGUAAAGAAGCCCGGUGUGUCACGGCCUCAAGCACACAAGCGCAAGGCCAGCUCCGAAGAAGAUGGCACCGUCAAGAGAUCCAGAAAGGGCGCAGUGGGUCUCGGAAUCCACUCUUAA